AUGAAGCGUCCAGGCUGUCUUCCAAUCGACAAAUUGAGGGCCAUAUAUGUAACAAAUAUCAUUAUGGUGUGCAAAAUGAGGAACAUUGUGAACAAGGCAUACACCAACACUUCCGAACAAUACAUCAAAGGCCUGUACUUUCAAAUUUCCAACGGUUGA